AUCAAUUCAUAUACGGAGUACUUCAUAUAUGAAACGCGGGCGUCUAGAUCGCUUCAGCAUCUCCCUUAGGUAGUUAGGUUUCAGAGCAUUCAAACCUGCGGUAGAUUAGUUAGGGUUAGAUGGACUAAGAAUCCACCCAGUCCACAAAUCGGCGCUAGCGUCCCUCACAUGGCUUCAUUUCUCCUCGCGAGUAAGUUGGUAAUUUCCUGGAUUUCGUGUCGGAUCAAAUCUGCAACUCCUCUCUCGCUCUUCUUAAGAUGCUCAAACAGGGUAACCUAGAGGUUCUUCUCAAUCUAUCUCAACGUUUAGUGUACUCUUUCGGCUUGCAAUAAAAGUUAGGGUUUCUGGUUGACAUUGAACAAGGAGAGCUAGAGCUCCUAUGAAAGUGAUGGGAUUAAUGUUGGGGGGAUUUGUGGAUGAGUGUACGGUCCAGGUGGUCGAUGUGUUUGCUAUGUCACAGAGUGGGACUGGAGUGAGUGUCGAAGCAGUUGAUCAUGUCUUCAGUUUUCUGAUAUAGCAAAAGCUUCUGGACAUGACACGUGUAUACAAAUCUGUUAGCUAGCUGUUAGCUGUUAAAAAAAUCUGUUAGUAAAGGAACUAGAUAUAAAAUGUAACCGAACAGCUCAUUUGUAAUCUAGCUUCCAUAUUCAUUCUUCUUCAUUCUUCUUGAAUUCUUCUGCCAAAUUACUCAAGAACACCAGAAACGGACUUGAGGACGAGAACUGUUGUUGUUAUACAUUAGUUCUUGAUUGAUACUGUUAAUUCGAUUCUACUGCUAUUCAAUCAUCUUUAGAAUACAGAUUUUGCUGUAUUAAAUUGGUAUCAGAGCUGCGAACUGGGAAUUCCACCACCAUGACGCACACUCGAGCUCAAUCUUCUUUGAGAGAAAAUGCGGAGAUGGAAGUCGAAGAAUUGAUCAAUUCCAGAUUGUUAUUAAUCGAAGAACAAUUACAAAGGAAAUUAGAAGCAAAGAUGGAAGAUCAGUUUUGCAACAUCAGUUUGAAGAUCGAUGAUGUGCUAACAGAGAAAUUUACCAGUCUUUCAAAAGAGAUUUUUGAAGCUAUGGAAUCUUUGAACAACAGAGUUAUAUCAUCAACUCAGGGAACCAGAACACCCCCAAAAUCUAGGUUAUUCAGCAUUAACCAGAUUAUCUAGACUUGAUUUUCCCAGAUUUGGAGGAACAAACGUCAAGGAUUGGUUAUUCAAAUGCGAUCAGUUUUUUCUCAUUGAUAAAACUCCAGAAGAUAUUAAGUUUAAUCUGGCUUCCAUUCAUCUUGAUGAUAAAGUAGCUUGUUGGCAUCAAUCAGUCAUAUCAUCUGAACUCAAUAGAGGUAUAAUUCUUGACUGGCCUAGAUAUAAAACCUUAUUACUUGAAAGGUUUGGUGAGGUAGUAGAUGAUCCUAUUGCUGAUUUGAUGAAAUUAAGAGAAACAGAUGGAAUUGUUGCUUACAAUGAUAGGUUUGAAACAAUUAGAACUAGAGUGAAGAUGUCUGAAAAGUAUCUUGUCAGUGCUUACUAGCAGGACUAAGAAAUGACACUCAGAUGCAUUUGAGAAUGUUUCAACCACAAUCUGUUGGUCAUUGCUUUACUCUAGGCAAACUAU